AUGACGGAUUUUAAUAAAUACUGCGCCGAAGUAGCUGCACAGCUGCCCAAGUCGGAUGAUGAGGAAGACGCACAUAUUGAUGAUAAGGACACGUGUAGCGCCCAAGAGCUUGCCGCGCAGUUUCGUUGCCAGUACGCCAAAGAUGAAGCGUCGCUGUCACUAAAAAAGGACUAUGUUCUGGGCCUAUGUGCAGAUGCUAAGUUUACACGCCUGGCAGCAGGCUUAAGCAAUACCAGCGUCAAGUUUUAUGAUUUAAAUGAGGCAGGAGCACUAACUGCUGUGCAUGUAGAGCGAGUGCCUCCAGUGGCUGGUUCCAGUGCAGCCAUUACCAUAUGUGGUGUGCGUUUUCUCGACGAAAGUGCGGAUACAUUGCUAGUAGGUAGCACAGAUGGCGUAGUACGACUUUUUGAUUUGCGAGCCGCGGGAGAACAAACUAGAUUUGUCUACAAGAGUGUACCAAACGCAGAGACGGAUGUUCCACCAGUGCCCAACUCAAUUUGCUGCUUUGAUAGCAAUGCCAAUGGACGUGUUAUAUGCUGCGGCACUGAACAGUACAUGGGCAAUGUGCAUUUGCUCUUCUUUGAUGUGCGCGAGCGGAAGCAGCUCGGUGGUUAUUAUGAAAGCCAUCAGGAUGAUGUGACAACUGUGCGCUUCCACAACAGCAAUCCAGAUAUGCUAUGCUCUGGCGGCACCGAUGGGCUGAUUAAUGUGUUUGACAUCAAGCAGCCGGACGAGGACGAGGCAUUGUUGAAUACGAUUAAUACGGAGAGCAGCGUGCAUCGCUUAAAUUGGCAUAAGAAUGUCUACGAUCAGGAUAUUAUAUCCUGCAUAACACACACAAAUGAUUUCAAGAGCUAUGAGAGUCUAGAAGGAGAUGAAGCUCUCUCAUUUGACCGUUCAGCUAUUACCGCAGGCAUUCGGCGUACGAAUGCGGGUAAUUUUAAUUUAAUCAAUGCACAUAGUUUGGAGGAAGAUGGCGUCUUUCUGCUAGCAGGCACCAACUUCAAUCGCGGUGAGAUACUACGCUCUGUUACACUUCCUGCUAAGGAUACGCUCAAUCCGUUGACUAACUUUGUGGGCAACAAACAAAUUGUGCGCGAAAGUCUUUACGAUGCUAAGCGCCAAAUUUUAAUAACUGGCGGCGAAAGCGGAAUUAUUACGGUCUGGACACCUGAUGCUAGUGAUAGCAACAAAAACAGUAGUCAAUUCAAAAGCAAGUCGAAAGCAGCGAAAACACAUAAGAAGACACCUUAUUAAAAGAGAAGUAAAUAAAAUUAUUAAGCUGAUAAAAGUUCUGUUUUAAGCAAAA